GUGCGAUAGAACCGGGAGACUGUGCGGUUAGAUUCCUUUUUGAUUGGCGAUCAACGUACUAGCGAAAUCAAAAUGAACAAAACCGAGCUGAGCAAGGAUCAAACCAAGAUCCUGAGGGAAGCGUUCACGGCGUUCGACAUCGAGAAGAAGGGAUGCAUCUCGAUGGAGGUCGUCGGCACCAUUCUGGAUUUGCUCGGCUACAGCAUGUCCGACGAUGAGCUGAAGGAAAUCAUCGAAGAGUACGACAUCGACGAAUCGGGCCAGAUCGAAUGGGAGGAGUUUAUCGAGCUGGCCUCGAACUACGUCGAACCGGAAGAGGACUACGAUGCGCUGCGGGCGGAACUACGUGAAGUUUUCAUGAUGUACGACAAAGCCGGCACGGGAUUUAUCCCGCUGGAGGUGUUCAAGCAGAUCCUGCGCGAGCUGGACGGUGCGGUCCCGGAGAACGAGCUCGACGAUAUCAUAGAUGAGAUUGAUGCGGACGGUUCCGGAACGGUUGACUUUGAGGAGUUCAUGGAGGUUAUGACGGGUGAAUAAGACAACUUUGUGACAGCCGCUCGUCACCUCGGACAACAGGACUCUUGUGUCAACCGGAAGCAGAAAAGUGGGGCCACUUGGCAACUCGACUGAACAUUGGACACCGGCCCUCGACCGACUAUGCUUCCUGUUCCUGGUGCAUCGCGGGUUUAAUACAAAUAAGAAUUUUUAAUAUUGCGUUCAGGCAAUAAUUUUAAAGGAAACAUACAAAGAUACACACAAUCUUUAAAGUAAACAUAAACACACACCUUACACAUAAACAAGUAAAACAACAAACUUACUAACAAACUCUUAUGUACAUAACACAUUAAAGACUUGACACAAUAAUGGGAUGUUUAAAAAACAACAACUAGGAUAAUGUUAAAAUUGGAGAAGAAACUCUAAGUAAAAUAAUUAUGUACUAAAAUAUACCAAUAAAAACUAC